GUAUUUAAAUUAUCCAGAUUGUUCAUAACAUGUAGUUUCAAACAUCCCUAAAGAUAAUUAGUGAUUUUUAUCACAUGAUGACGCAUAUCGUCGUCACCGAGAACCUCCAACAGCGAUCUUGACCUUAGAAUUGAUACUAACAGCCGUGCAAUAAACUUAAACAAGUUGUAAAUUCAAAUUGCAACAACUGUUCAAAUAUGUUUGUUGUGCAAAAUACUGUUCCGAAUGCGAUCCACGUGCGGACGUCAAUGCAUUAAUGCUCGAAAUAUAAGCCAUCCAGUGACAUUAAACGCGUUCAAGCUCCGUAAUCAACAAGUCAAACGAUGGCGCAGCAUCUCCACUUGGUUGGACUACUUUCCGUAAUGGGACUUUUUCUGAUCCCAUCCCUGGAGGCAAGUCCCUGGUUCUGGCCCUGGCAGAGCCGAGCUUCCCCUUCGAUCGUUACAAUUUCCAUUGGAAACCGUGUCAACAGUAACUCUGUGACCGAUGAAGGUACCUCCAUUCGGGACCUAACGUUCAACUUAUCCCGCUGGAAAGGAAACUUGACCUUCGAGAAGAACGGAACCGAGAUCCUCAUCACCCGAGGCAAUGACGGAGUCACAAACAUCCACAUAGACUUCGGUUCCAACUCCAAAAGCCAGCAAAAUGAGACCGUUCCGUCAAAUGUAACGCAAAGCCGCAGAAAACGCGCCAUCUUUGAGCUACCUUCCAUACCGGCCAUUCCGAUCCCGACACUCAACGGAACUCAGGCCGCCAUCGGCGAGAACUUCUUUCCGCUUCCGAACGAAAUCGCCAAUCCGGCGAGCAACGCUAGCAACUUCCUGCAGCCGUGGCAGUUCUUGCAAACACUCAUCACUCGUCGUCUACCGAUGCAGUUCCUAGAUACCGCCGUAUCGUACCUUUCGCAACUGUAUUCAUCCACGGCGAAGAGCAUGCUGGACACCGGAGUUAACACCCUCGCUGAAACCAUGGACACCCUCUCCAGUAUCGUCAACUCCACUCUGGACUACAUCGAGGAUCAGACUGCGGCCGGAAUCCGCGGGGUAGCCAUAUCUUUCAGGGAACUCCCUCAAGCUCGCCAAAGCUGCGUUGGCCAGGUGCCGGACGAUGCUGCUCAGCCUGUCGUGACCAAAGCUACCGGAUGCGUUCGGGAUCGAUGGAACGAGUUGGACGGAAUUGUGAAUCAAUUUUUGGUCGCGGUCAGCGAUUCGGAAGAAGCCUACGGUGGAUGGCUACGGGCGUUGGACGGGUGUAACGCGAGGAACUUCGCCGGGGUGGAUGAAGCGGAACUGGAUGCUGCGCAACGAAGCUGCUACGUUCAGAACAUUUCCAAGUCGGUGGAGAAGAUGGUCGACAUACCGAUCCAGUGGGCUAACUUGGCGGCCAGGGCCAGCAGCAUCGUGAUGCAGUUCCAGCCCCAAGUGGGACUUUGCGUGGCCGGUGUGGGAGCGAAAGUGGCUGCCGUUUCUGCGAACAUCGGAGUACAGAUAAUGCUGUGUCAGGCUAUGCUAUGAUUGUGCAAUAAAGUUAAGGGUCUUCCAAAAGUUCUACGAUUAAAUUCUGCUGAAGUGUUGCCAGAGAUUGAUAUCCACCUGAGAGACUAUCUAAUGAGUUUCUCUAGGAUUCCAGGCAAACCUUCA